CCAAAACCUAACGGGAGCAACGUGGCACCCAUACAUGACCCAAAAAAACCCUAGAAUCCAAUCCAAUAUAUUUCUCGUUAACUUCAUCGUUUUGUAUCUUUAAAGAACGCUGCGGCCGCCGGCAGUUAAGUUACUCUCUCUAUCCCUGCCUUUCUCUCUGUUUUUUUUCUUUCCCUUCUUUUUGAUUGAAUCGACUUAGUGAAAACGCUGUGAGUUGGUGCGAAGAUGAGUCGUGGGGCAGCAGCGGGACCCAAGGGGAAGAAGAAGGGAGCGUCCUUUACCAUCGACUGUGCUAAGCCGGUUGAAGAUAAGAUCAUGGACAUCGCCUCAUUGGAAAAGUUCCUCCAGGAAAGGAUCAAGGUCGGUGGCAAAGCCGGUGCUCUUGGCGACUCCGUCACUGUCACCCGUGACAAGACCAAGAUCAACGUCUCCUCUGACUCCAACUUCUCCAAGCGGUAUCUUAAGUACUUGACUAAGAAGUACUUGAAGAAGCACAAUGUUCGGGAUUGGCUUCGGGUGAUUGCUUCCAACAAGGACCGUACUGUUUAUGAACUUCGCUACUUCAAUAUCGCUGAGAAUGAGGGGGAAGAGGAAGAGUGAAGAAUCAGUUCAGUUUUUUUCACUUGUUACCUAUCUAGUUUAUUGCUUCCGAGGAACCUUGUUUUUCUCUUUCGGGUGUCAAAUCCUUCGACUUGUUUUGGUUUUUUUUUUUUUUUCCUUUUAAUCUUGUUAAAUGGAAUUGUACCAAAUCGUUAGAGAAGUAAGCUUGUAUGAAUACUAAUUUUGUUUUUGAAAUCAGCAUCAAAACGUUUU